CGCCCGAGCAGUUGGGAAAGCCACUAGUGGUGGACCUGGCAAAGACGGAAAGGAGGGAAAGAUAGACAGAAGAGAUAGACAGGAGCCAGAGAGACGGAUACGAGACGCGGAGACAUCCCCGAAAGAGAGCAUUUGACCUCGGCUGAGCGUCCGUUACGUCGCGAAACGUCAUAUCGUUGAGGUUUGACAGCAGCAGAAUAACUGAAGAGGAUACUGUGAUUGGCCUUUCUUAACGGAACACAUAGCUUAUUUCACAACCGUGGGCAGCAACGUAAACACACCGCAAUUAGGUGCAGAAUGAGUACGGCUCUCCCCUUCAGCCGGGCUGUCGAGUUGACUUUCAGUGAGAUGUGUGACCCCAGACAGCACCAGUGAGUCCUUUCCAGCCACAUCAUAUCACAACGAGCCUGACAGGAACAGCGAGUAAUGGAGAAUAAUAAUAUUCAAGUGAUCUCAUCAUCCUGGGCCUUGCGGAUUCCUUUAUCUAAAGGAAACCCGUAUUGAUUACUGCUUUCUAACAAAGCCCACUUAUUACAGUGAGGUGUUGGAAAGGCCUUGAUCACAGCUAUGUCAACACUGCAGCAAGAUAUUUCAAGUCAAGAAGGACUACAGUAGAAGACUGACCGGGAGUUAAUCAGCUGUUACAUUUAGUACUUCAGAUUUGACUAUGUAUUUUUGAUUCACUUGCUUUAUAAAUUUGAUCCAGACACUCUUUCGUCUCUACAGUAUAUACCAUAUUCUCUUAUCAUGUACGGUAGCUCCCGUUCCGUCUCAAAGCUGGAUGUUGUUGGAUCUAAUGGGAACGGGUCAGUGUCUGGGAGUCCUGGGCGCUCCCCACGCCUCCCUCGCUCCCCACGCCUUGGACACCGGCGAAACAGCAGCAGCAGCUCCACUGGCGGACUUACUGGAUCCGGUAAAACCCUGUCCAUGGAGAACAUUCAGUCUCUAAAUGCUGCCUAUGCUACAGGCGGUCCUAUGUACUUCACUGACACAGUUGACGACCCGGUCGGCAUUGGGAGCCUGGGCAGUGGGCUGAACCCCUCGCUUCCCAAAAGCACCAUGACCCUGGGCAGGGCUGGGGCCAGGGUGCCCUACGGAAUCAGGGCGGCCAUCAUGGGGAGCAGUCCUAAUAUAAACACUGGAGGAGGAGGGGGAGGUGGUGGUGCGGUUAUACCCAGUGAUGCGAUUGCGUUUGGUGGGGAGAUGCAAAACCAGCUUUCACAGGCGGCUACUGUGCCCCACUCCAUGAGACAGGUGAGAGACGGUGCAAUGUCAGACCUACAGACACAGUUAAGAGAAGUGCUGAGAGAGAACGAACUACUCCGCAGAGAACUGGAGGCUAAAGAAUCGAAGUUGAGCUCCUCUAUGAACUCCAUUAAGACGUUUUGGAGCCCAGAGCUGAAGAAAGAGAGGGCGCUGAGGAAGGAUGAAGCCACAAAGAUGGCCGUGUGGAAGGAACAGUACAGAGUGGUACAGGAGGAAACACAGCAUCUUCAAUGCAACAUCCAGGCUUUACAAGACGAGCUCAGAAUCCAGCGAGAUCUAAACCAGCUCUUCCAGUCCGACUACUCAGAGUCCGGUCACCUCGGUAACCAGGGCAUCCCCCCUCAGGAAAUGACAGAGGAGAACUUCUUGCGUCUCCACGGCGAGUACGAGCGUCAGGUCAAAGAGCUCUUCCUACUAAGGAAGACUGUGGAAGAAAUGGAGCUGAGGAUAGACACACAGAAACACACACUAACCGCCAGGGAUGAAUCCAUAAAGAAGUUACUGGAAAUGUUGCAGAGUAAAGGCCUGUCGUCACGGGCAACCGAGGAGGACCAUGAACGAACGAGGCGACUGGCCGAUGCUGAGAUGACGAUCCACCAACUGGAGGGCCUACUGGAGCAAAAAGACAAGGAGAUGCUACAACUCAGAGAGGAGCUACACAGGAGAUACGAAGCAGCUCCAGAAUCAACCAAGACCAAGGCUUUGCAGACAGUCAUCGAAAUGAAGGAUGCGAAGAUCAGCUCACUGGAGCGCGGCAUGAGAGAGCUAGAGGAGGAGGUGAACAUGCUCAAGUCCAAUGGUGCUCUGAGCAGCGAGGAGCGGGAGGAGGAGAUCAAACAGAUGGAGGUCUACCGAUCCCACUCCAAGUUCAUGAAGAACAAGGUUGAGCAACUGAAGGAAGAGCUAACUCACAGCCAAUCAGAGAAGGAGGAGCUAAGGCAACGAGCCAAUGAGCUUCAGCAGGAGUUGUCUGCAAUGGAACAGGCAAAGCAGGACCUGAGUCGUAAGGACAGCGAGCUGUUGGCUUUCAGGACCAAACUGGAAACUCUGAACAAUCAGUUUUCUGACAGUAAGCAACACGUGGACGUACUCAAGGAGUCACUUACUGCCAAGGAACAGCGAGCCGCUAUACUGCAGACUGAGGUGGAUGCGCUGCGUCUGCGUCUCGAGGAAAAGGAGUCUCUCCUCUCUAAAAAGAGUCAGCAGAUAUCAGAGUUGACAGAGGAGAAAAGUACUCAGCAUGGAGAGAUCAGCGACCUCAAAGACAUGCUGGAUGUCAAGGAACGCAAAGUCAACGUGCUGCAGAAGAAGAUAGAGAACCUCCAAGAUCAGUUGAGGGAUAAAGAGAAGCAGCUGGGCGGUCUGAAAGACAGAGUCAAGUCUUUACAGACAGACACGUCAAACACCGACACAGCACUGGGAACACUGGAGGAGGCUCUGGCUGAGAAGGAGCGAAUCAUCGAGCGGUUGAAGGAGCAACGUGAGAGGGAGGAGAGAGAAAAGGGAGAGGAGAUGGAGUCCAGCAAGAAGGAGCUGAAGGAAUUGAGGGAGAAAGUCUCCCAGCUGCAGGCUGACCUGGCUGACCGUGAGACUUCUGUGUUGGAUCUGAAGGAGAAGGCUUCUUCUCUGGCUUCCUCCACUCUGAAGAAGGACAGCAGGCUGAAGAGUCUGGAGAUCAGCCUGGAGCAGAAGAGAGAGGAGUGUGUCAAACUAGAAAAUCAACUCAAGAAGGCUCAGAGUGCAGCAGCAGAUUCCCAGGCCAGCACUGAACUCUCCGAACGCAUCUCCUGCCUGGAGCAGGAAGUGACCCAGCACAAGGAGGAAGCUGGGAAGGCCCAGUCCGAGGUGGAACGACUUUUGGAGAUCCUGAGGGAGAUGGAGAAUGAAAAGAAUGACAAGGAGAAAAAGAUUCACGAAUUGGAGAGAGACCCCUCUGCUUCUCAUCUGUGGCGUUCUCAGCAGUCGCGAAAACAGGCCCCUCCCUCCGCUGCUUCUCAGCAGCCAAUGGGGGGGCUGGUGUGGGACUACCUGGGCACUCUUGCCUCAAGGCAGAUGAAGGACCAGUCAAAGAAGGUGGCCAACAUGAAACACAAGGAGCAGGUGGAGAAGAGCAAGAAUGCCCAGAUGAUGGAGGAUGCCAAGAAGAGAGAGGACAAUCUGAACGAAAGCUCCCAGCAGAUAAAGGACGCCCUACGUCAGAAGGAGGAGCGCAUUGAGGAGCUGGAGGAGGCGUUGAGGGAAAGCGUUCAGAUCACAGCGGAGAGGGAGGUGGUGCUUGCCCAGGAGGAGCAGGCACGCACACAGUCCGAUAAACAGGUGGAAGACCUGCUGGUUGCCAUGGAGAAGGUGAAACAGGAACUGGAGGUGAUGAAAGCCAAGCUGUCAUCAACUCAACUUUCACUGGCUGAGAAGGAAGGUCACCUGACCGCCCUGCGGGCAGAGAGGCGGAAGCACCUGGAGGAGGUCCUGGAGAUGAAGCAAGAGGCGCUGCUGGCAGCCAUAAGUGAGAAAGAUGCAAACAUUGCCCUGCUAGAGCUCUCCUCAUCCAAGAAGAAGAAAACCCAGGACGAGGUGGCAGCUCUCAAGAGGGAGAAGGAUAGUCUGGUUCAUCAGCUCAAACAGCAGACUCAAAACCGGAUGAAGCUGAUGGCAGACAACUAUGAGGACGACCACCUUAAAGUCUCCUCUCCAAACUCAGAGCAGCCCAACAAUCACAAGCCCUCCCCGGACCAGAUUCUCUCUCCUCUCCUGGAUCUCAACCAGAAUCGCAGCAAACUGAAGCUGUACAUCAGUCACCUGACCUCGCUGUGUCAGGAGCGAGACCCAAUCAUAUUGCAGGACUUCGCCCCGCCCCCCGCCUAUCACCGCUCUGACUCCGCCUCCUGGCAUACGCAGCUGCACAGCAUGACGCAGGAACAGUUGGAGGCGGAGUUAGCGCUGUGCGAGAGGGAGGGGGCGGAGCUCCAGGAGUACGCCAAUCAGGUCCUGCAGCAGAUCGCCGACAGAUGCCCCGACAUUUUGGAACAAGUCGUCAACGCUCUAGAGGACAGCUGCUGACACAAAUCCACACACAAUGAGAGAAACAUACACAGGCUGACAUACAUUCAUUAAUUAGCACUCAAGAGUCAGAAAGCAAGCUAACACACUCCAAACAUUUAACAGGACCAUCAGAAGUCUCCAGAAGGCCCCCAUAAUCCCCUGACACAAAUAAAAUCAGUGUUGAACAAGAGCAUGAAGACUUUCUCUUCCGCCAGCGCUUCUUCACUCAUCUUGUUCCCACAAACGGGAAGGGAAUCUACAAAAAAAUCACACCACUACUGAAAAAUAUUCUUGCACUGUCUUUAGCCGCUGUAAUUUUGAACAAACAGUGCCAGCUAAGGGAAAUAUUGUUCAUUUUUCAGUUACGAGUGCUUUGUUGGCAUACAAGUUAAUUGGAAAUAGUUAAUGUUAGUUGAGAUAUUAAACACGUAUUUCCCUAACUACUUCGAAAAGAAAAGAAGGAACCUUCGCUGCACUUGCCAUCUGCUUCACGGCGACCAUCUUGUGUCCUUCCAGGCAAUCAGCUUGUUGGAUUUGUAAUCAUGACUUGAUGUAUUUUAUGGGGUGAAAGUAUUUUCAAGCUGUAUAAAAAGGGUGAAAUUGAGUUGAGCUUGCCAGGUUGUUUCUGAUGCCAGACUUACACGCUGUUACCACAUUGUUAUUUGAUUGGUUCAGAUACAAAAGUGUGUUUAUUUCAGCUGCCUUUGAUUCUUUACAUCAUUUGCUGCUAUAUUUUUUACAUUUGGUUUCUAUUUCUUUCCAUUUAUUGUUUUUUCCUACUUUGUUUUGCCUGAUAUCUGAUGAAAAGCCCCAACAUGCAGUAAUCUUGACGUAGAUGUGUAAAUUGUAUAGAGAGAAGUUUAAUUAACAGAAACACAGCGUUCGUCAGAGAAACAUCAGUUUCUUUUCCCAUUAUUGAUGAAAGGCACAAACUACACUAAUAUUUCCCUUUAUUAAAAACACACCAGUAUAGAUGUCCUUUUUAAGAAAAACAUGUUCAGCUAGGGUGUCAAUGCUGAAAUUAGGUUGAGUUCAGAUAAUCCCUCACUUACCCAUGGCAAUCCCUUUAGAAUUAACAUGUCUGAAUUAAUUAUUAAUUUUCCUUUAUUAAAAGGAGGGAGUGAAUAUAAGAUGAUUGCAAUAUAUUUUUUUGCAUUUGAUAAUCUAUAUAAAACACUAAUCUUGUUUAAUUGAAAAUAUUGUCAUGUAUUAGUUGGUAUAUUACAUAAUAUGUCAUCCUUUUUUUUGUGACCUGCAAGUAACCACAGAUUUGUUCCAUAAAACUGUUAUUGGGAACGUGUAUUGUACCUACAUAAAGCUCUGUGUCCACUGGGAUCAUUUUCUCAGAAUCAGUUUCUUGUUCUUGGUGUUUACAGUGGAAAAGGACACUCUGAUGCAUGUUUCCCACAGCGCUGGCAGCCGUAGCAUGAUUUAAACGCUUACAGCACCAAGCACUAGAGGUUCAGAUUGUUUCAACUUCAAUCAAAUGCUCCUCUAACAGGUUUUUUUUAGUAUUAUACUGUACUAAUGAUUAGUGCCGCUCAUCUGACAAGAAAUACCUGGUGGACACAAAGCCUAAAGAUGGGGAUUUACACUGCACACCCAAGUCUUAUACCAUCAAGGUUUUCUGAACAGGCCAAUAAAAAAGGUUUAAUUUUCAGCACCUAAGCUGUGUAUUAAAGACAUGGGUGUAAAUGAGGAGUUUAAUUCCAAAACAGUACUGCUCUGUGAGGAGAAAUCUCAGCCUGAUGUUUGGUGCAUUUGUUCCUCUGAUGUUACCAGUUAGCUAAAAGCUUUCAUGAUCAUGAAGAGUUUGUGUUUGAUAAAGGGUUCUUAUUUUGGAAUGAAACUCUGUCAGAUAUGAGUUUGUGUCGUAAAAUCCAGUUGUUAGUCGUCUGUUUUAUACUGGAUAGUGUUAUGUUCUUGGGAAUGGUGGUGACUGGGACUCACCGUGAGAGAAUAGAAUAAAAUAUGGAUUUAUCUUAACUUUACUGUGAAAGGACAGUCAUUUCAUAUAUCUAAAAGUCGGAUAUUCGACAGGUUUGAGCUGUGUCAGUGGUUCCAAACCUUUUUGACGUGGGACCCCUUAAAAUGGGGCAAUGUCUACUUGUGACCCCUCAUUACAGGUUGUAUCGCCUUAUAUGAGCACUUUAACCAAAGUGGGAUUUUUUUUUCUCAUAUUGUUUGUUUUGAAGGAUUUUUAUAGGCUGGAAAAAGUGAAAGUAUACAAGAUAAAAAAAAAAAAUCAAUUAAGAAACAUCUUAGAAAAUAAAUAUAAAUUUGUGUAACAGAAACAUUCUUUCUUAUACCUUUAAUCGUCUGGUGACCCCUCUGAUUAAUCCUCACUCACAAAUGUUUUUGUUGAUGACUGUGUACAAAUGAUAAAGACAAAGCUUGGAACAUC